GUGUUUCCACCCGUGAUAUUUGAAUAAUCGUUAAUCAAUGUUUUGUUGACUGACUGAUGCUUCAAAGUUAAUCAUUCUCUAUUCCCAGAGGGCAAUUAAAAUAAUUACAUGUGAGACUCACAGAACCUCCGGACAGCUCCAGUUGCCCUGAAAACAUGGCGCCGUUAAAUACACCGGAAGUCAUCCAAGCAAUUCGUGAAAUGAAUAAAGGAGUAACGAUGCUAAAGGCUGGACGAAGGGGAAGUCCUCAUUUCAGGAAAUUCAAGCUCUCAGAAGACUUGACAUAUUUACAAUGGGAAUCCAGGAGAAAAGGAAAAGAGUCUGUAGUUUAUAUUUCACAGAUGAUUGAAUUAAUAAAAGGACAAAAGACAAAAGUUUUUGAGAGUUGCCAGAUACCCCAGUAUGAGUGCUUGUCUUUUUCUGUGGUUUACAAAAUAAGCAAUGGAUCAACAAAAACUCUUGACAUUGUUUGUAAAAGUAAAGUGGAGUUUGAGGCCUGGACAACAGGUUUACAGGCACUUCAGUCGGGUUUUAAUGACAAAGAAGCUGUUGAUUCAAAACUAGAUACAGAAGAAGUAACAGACCAAACUGAUAAUGUCAAGGUAGAGUUUAGUCGGCUGGGUCUAGAAACUGUUAAAUACAAAGAAGAUGCUUGUGACGUGUAUACAUGGGGGAGUGGUACCAAAGGCAUGCUGGGACAUGGUGAGGAUACAGAAGAGAGUUAUCCACGUGUAGUAGAAGCCUUACUGGGGAAGGACAUCAGGAAAGUAGCAUGUGGUACUUCACACACCAUCGCUUUAUCAAAAGAAGGAGAAGUCUUCUCAUGGGGAUCUGGUUAUGGUGGUCGUCUUGGCCAAGGACAUCUUAGAGACAGAUUUACACCAAUCAGAAUCGCUGCUCUCAAGGGRAAAAAUGUUACUGAAGUAUCGUGUAACGAGUUUCAUAGUGCUGCUAUCUGCGGAAAUGAAGAUCUAUUGACAUGGGGUAAAAAUGGUCCCAGGCUCGGUUACGAAUGUUCCUCAAAGGAAACCUCUCCUAGACUCGUCAAAGGUCUGGAUGACGUCAAAGUUACUCACGUGACUUGUGGUCUAAAACACACACUCGUUUGUACCAAACAAGGUACAGUGUUCUCGUUUGGAGACAAUGAACACGGACAGCUUGGAGUUUCUGACAUUCAGAGUACAACAACCCCGAUAUGUGUUUCUGCCUUCUCCGGUCACACUAUCGUACAAGUUUCGUGUGGUCGAUAUCACAGUGCAGCCCUUGCAGAUUUCGGUGCUUUAUGGCUUUGGGGAUGGAACGAAUAUGGCCAGCUUGGUAAUGGCACAUUCACCAACACUUCGAAACCUACUCUUAUGGGAUCAAUAAAUGACAUCAGGCAAGAAGCUAUAUCUGAUGUUAGCUGUGGAGCACAUCACACUGUAUUCCUGACCAAAAAGGGGAAAACGUUCAGUUUCGGUGAUAACUCUGACGGACAGCUUGGAAUUCGACUGGACUCUAAAUUAGAAGGACAAACCAAGUUUAGUUUUGCAAUUAGAGCUCGAAUCCCAACAGACUCGAAACCUCUUCACGUUGCUUGUGGGGAUUAUCAUACUGCGCUUGUCACAGAUGGCGGAGAACUCUUCACUUGGGGACGAGGUCAGGGAGGAAGACUGGGUCAUGGUGACGAUAAAAACAGGCCUUUACCCAGUGCAGUAGAGGCUAUGGAAGGUAAGCAUGUCAGAUUUGUGGCAUGUGGCUCUGAACACACGGCAUGUACAGUUACCAGGGCAUGGGUACCAGAUGAAGAGGUCAAGACCUGCAUGGCUUGUAAAAUUAAAUUCACGACUGUAAGGAGAAGGCAUCAUUGUAGGAAGUGUGGUGGUGUGUUCUGCGGACAGUGCACUCCUAAACGAAUUCCAAUCCUCAGCCUUGGUUAUAGUAACCCAGUUAGGGUCUGUGAUAAAUGUUACACGAUCUUAGCCGAGGAAACUUAGAAUUAUUGAUAAAUGCAUCCUAAUGUCUCAUUGUUAGAAAAGGAACUGGCUAGAAUGCAGCGAAAAAAGAUCUAAUAAUAAAUGAUAUGAAUUAAGAGGUCAAGUCAUCUUUGGUUUGAUCAUGAAGUAAUUAAAUAUUAAAUCUAGUGACAUAUUGUAGCACACAAGUUUUGGUAAAUGUGUCAAAUGGCGGGAAAUGAUCAUGUGACAUUCUCCCGGCCGCUCAGACGAGAAAACAUCGCAACCAAAAGAGAGAUCGCACAAAUAUGAACUUAAUACGUUUAGAAGUGGCUUCACAACUACUGCUAAAUCAUAAGCCAAAAAUGAUGCAUGCAUGGAAAGAGAGUGAACGAGAACUCGAAACUUAAUCUGAGGGGGAAAAAUGCUCGUAAGCAUUGUGUUGUAGAUAGAAAUCAAAAUUGCAUGAAUACAAAUUCAUUGUAGAUAGAAAUCAGCGUAUUCGUCCUUAUGUGGUUUCUUUUCUAAGGUCGAUAAAAAUAUUGCGCAUCACUAAUACCGAUCGAGUAUCUACUCCCUACCCUCCCUCCUUGUCGUGGGUUAACGAACUAUGCGAUGGCUGUACUGUGGCAUGUCAUUAUCAAUUUUAAUUCAAUAAACUUGAACUUGAACUUUGA